UUUGGUCUGAUCAUCGGGACCGAGCUUAAGAAACAGAAUAUUUCUCUUUUUCUUUCUUUCUUCAUCACACAACAUGUUACAGCUCCACUUAGGGCAUCGGUGCUGAUCAAGGAGCCUAAGGGUGGCUUCUAUGCUGGAGGCUUGGAGGUUUGAAGGGCUGCCACCCGGGACACUUCUUGGCUCUACACCCCAGGGAGGUGUAGGCAUCAUCAGGUAGGAGGCGGCUGAACGCGGGGGUCUGAGCGGAAAGCAGGACAGGAGUAGGAGUAAGAGUUGUGCGCUUGUGUCGUGGACUGUGUAGGCAGGCCGAUGGCCGGCCGGUGGAACUGCCUGAUGGUUUAAACUCCUGCUGAGAGAGGAUAAUGGCAGUUCUGGGCCCACUCUCGUCCUCUCUCACCUGCAUCUUCCACAGCAAAGCUGGAAAGUGCUAGCCGUUGCUACAAGGAGCCCACUAAGAGGAUGGUGUGAACAAUCUCACCCUUUCCCACCACGCCGGGAGAACCCUGACACCCCUGUGAGGGGGCCACGUUUUGUUGUUCACCUUGUUUCUCCUUCCUCUUCUCCAAACCAGCUGAAAACAAGGGGUGGCGUUGCUUGAUUUGUGUGGGAGUUCUCUCCCUCUCCUCAUCCUCACCCCUGACCUCACCUACCUCCAAACUGAGCUCCAUGGACUGGUUUUAGCACCAACCUGUCCUUUUUUCUCCCUUCGUUUUCUUUUUCUUUACUUUUUCUUUUUGUCGAGGCUUCAGGGGAAUUGCCAAGACCUGUUUCAUGCAUGUCCACUGGCGGCAGGUUCAACUUUGACGAUGGGGGGUCAUACUGCGGAGGGUGGGAGGAGGGCAAGGCACACGGGCACGGGAUCUGCACGGGACCCAAGGGCCAGGGCGAGUACUGCGGUUCCUGGGCCCAUGGCUUCGAGCUGCUGGGCGUCUACACAUGGCCCAGUGGGAACACCUACAAGGGCACCUGGGCUCAGGGCAAGAGACACGGUGUGGGCGUCGAGAAUAAAGGCCGCUGGGUGUACAAGGGCGAGUGGACGCACGGCUUUAAGGGACGCUACGGUGUGCGGGAGAGCACGGGGACCAGCGGAAAGUACGAGGGGACUUGGAACAAUGGGUUGCAGGACGGAUACGGAACAGAGACGUAUUCAGAUGGAGGAACAUUCCAAGGCCAGUGGGUUGGCGGGAUGCGGCAUGGCUACGGAGUUCGCCAGAGUGUCCCAUACGGCAUGGCGGCCGUCAUCCGCUCCCCACUCCGUACUUCCAUAAACUCGCUCCGCUCCGGUUCGGAGCACAGCAAUGGUACAGCUCUGCUGGACCGGACCGGGGCGGUGGUUCCUGGUCCUCCUCCUGUUCCUGGCACUUUGACCACGAGCGUCUCCAUGUGCAGCACGGGCAGCAGCGGCAGCAGCCCCGCUGUGUCUCGGGGAGGUUUUGUGCUGACGGCACACAGCGAGGCUGAGCUGCUGAAGGGGAAGAGAAAAGGCGGGCUGUUCCGGAGGUCCAUCCUGUCUGGGCUCAAGCUGAGGAAGUCAGAGUCCAGGAGCUCCCUGGCCUCCCAGAGGUCCAAACAGAGUUCGUUCAGGAGCGAGGCUGGGAUGAGUACUGUGUCCUCUGCUGCAUCUGAUAUCAACUCCACUAUCAGUCUUGGAGAUGCAGAUGCAGAAUUGGCCGUCGCAGACGACGAUGUGGACGCCACGGCAACAGAGACCUACUGCGGGGAGUGGAAGAACGACAAGCGGACAGGAUUCGGUGUGAGUCGGCGGUCUGACGGGCUGCAGUACGAGGGGGAGUGGCUUAGCAACAAACGCCACGGCUACGGCUGCACCACGUUUCCCGAUGGCACAAAAGAGGAAGGGAAGUACAAACAGAACAUCUUGGUGAGCGGCAAAAGGAAGAACCUGAUCCCUCUCAGGGCCAGUAAGAUCAGAGAGAAGGUGGACCGAGCCGUGGAGGGAGCACAGAAAGCAGCCGACAUCGCCCAGCAGAAGGCUGAGAUCGCCUUGUCCAGGACGGCUCAUGCACAGGGUAAAGCCGAGGCAGCGGUAGGAGCAGCUCAGAAAGCCCAGGAGGAGAGUCGCAUGGCGAGGGUCACCGCCAAGCAGUUCUCCCCUUCGUUCCAGCACCCAGGAAAUGGCAUGGAGGUGCAGCGUCCCAAACGUCAGGUGUCCAGCGAGGUGGAGGGCGAGGGGUUGUCGAGUAGCGCUGGCACCGCUGACAGCCCCGACCUUUAUGUAAAGAGCGCGGGCUCUGACGACCCGUCUAACGAUGCCGCCACCCCUGAUCUCAGCCCCCCUUCUUCCUCACCGCCCCACACCCCUCCUCCCCCUGCCAGGCCAUCCCAACGCAGCAAGAGUGCCCGCUUCCACCGACAGAGCGCCGUGGACCACGGGGACAAAGGGAAGGACGCAGGAGAAAGGGGUGAGAAAGGUGGGGGAGGAGGGCAGACGGAGAUCCAGGUGUUGAUGGAGGGAGGAAGUGGGGGAGGUGAAAGCGGAGGAGGAGGAGGAAGGAAGGGGGAGUACACGCGGGCCAACAGCUGGAGCGAAGACAAGCGGAGAGGGAUGUUUUCGAAAGGAGGAGGUGUGCUCAGCGGACGAGGAGCGAGCCGCACCAACGGACACAAACACAGCUCCUCCAAUCACAAGUCCCGGGAGCACGGAUCGUCCAAUCACAGACAGGCCAGAGGGGACAGGUGGACAGAGUCGUCCUCGUCUGCGUCUUGGACGACGGGGCGCAGGGGCGUGCACGGUAGGGGAGGCCGGCUGCUGGAGCAGGAUGAGGAGAAAAUAAGCAAUUAUGAGAUGGAGAUGAAGCCUUUACAGCCCAGAGACUCCACUACCCACAAGCCCCAUGGGCCUGGGGAGGAGAGGCCUGGGCAUAGUCAUGCUCAUGGAGAGGAGCGCCCGCACACCGUGCAACGACAGAGGCAUAAGAACCGUGAAGGGGGGGAAGAAAAGGAGAGGAGGGAAGGGGGGAAAGACUCAGCGCACAAGCUGGGGGAAAAGAUGGAUUCACGGCCUCUACGUCGGGACCUCACUCUCUCCCCCCCGCUGAAGUCCUCCCCCAUCACACCGGAGCAGCAGGACCACAGCCUCAUGCAGAGCAAAGGCAACCCGGCCUACAGCUCUUUCCUGGUUGUCAUGGUGAUUCUGCUCAACAUUGGAGUGGCUGUUUUGUUUAUCCACUUUUUUAUUUAAAGACAGCACAGCUUUUCCGAGUCAGCCCAUCGUUACAACAACUAGAAAUUCACAUGAGUAUUACGACGAAUCUGCUGCCCCUUUCGUUUUCCCUGGUGGUUCCUGGACUGCAACCGGCUGAAAGAAGACAAGGUCCAAGGAGGGCUCCACCAAUAUUUGGGGCUAAAGGUAGCUAAGUCGGGCUAACCUCGCCUAAGCUUGGUCCAGUCGUUUUGGAAGAGACGCGGAAGUGGACAAAAGAGGGGUAAACCAGUCCAGGUAACUGGACUACAGGGAGAUAAUAUAGUCCAGAAACUGGACUAAAGUGAGCUUCAGUAGUUCACACACAGACUUAAAUGGGCUGAACCGGUCUGAUCCCCAGGCCAUGCAGAGCUGCAGCUGGCAUUACAGCGAGAUGUCUGCUUCCACUGUCUGCAGACCUGACUGACAAGACUUUUUCAUCCUCAAAUCAUAGUUUUCAACAGAUUUGUAACUUAUAAUUUAUUUAUUAACAUUUUUCUCUCAUGUACAAUAUGUUGAUGGAUAUAUUCUUUAUUUUGUAACCCUCCACCCCUCUUUAUAUAACUCCUGCCUUUUGGUUCCUCCACCUGCCCGGAUGUUGUUACUGAUGGUUCAAGGUGUGUGUUCAUGUGUGUGUGUGUGUGUGUGUGUGUGUGUGUGUGUGUCUAUCUAUGUAAGACUCAGGAGCUGGCGAGUGUGUGCUACCAGGAUACAUGGUUGAUACUUCCCUGUCUACACACACACUCAUUGCUAUUACCCGAUCCCUCUCAUUCAUCCGUCCAACUUCUGAUGUCUGUCUCCUUUCAUUCUUCAUGCUGGGAGUAAGAAUGUGUGUGUGUGUGUGUGUGUGCUUAUGUGUGUCUCUCUCUGCAUACUGUAUAUGUAUGUUUGCUGUGUGCCUAAAUGUUUUUUUUUGCAGAAUGUGAGCGUGUUUGCAACUGUAUCAAGCAGGCAUGUCUUGUCCACAUUUGUGUGUACGUAUGAAUGCGCGUGUGUGUGGUCUCCAAGUAGCUCAGUGGCCUUUCACGCUGUUCAUGAACUUGACAAGAGCAUUUCAAGAGGACACAGUCACUGCUCAUCCACAUCUAGCCUAUACUAGCAUCAGCUGACAGCUGUGCUCUGUCUCCGUCUCUCCCUCCUACACUCUCCCACCUCCACACACACACACACACACACACACACACACCAGUCAGAGAAUGGAGCUUCCUCCGUGUUGGUGGUAGUUCAAGACAGACCGUCCUUGGCAACGCGCUGCACCUACUGUACCCCCAGCAGAGGUAUUUAGAGAAAAUACUGCAUUCAACGAAGCAAAGCCUCUAUGUGUAACACCAGAAAAAUGGCUUUAAAGUCAAUAUCAAUUUAAUAAAUCAGUGUAUCCCACUGCUUCUCUCAAAACAUAACCUGAAGACGACGUCAUCUUUUAUACUAUACUUGCAAGAUGUCUGAAAAAAUUACUAGUCGCCACCUGCCUUGCUUUUGUAGUGCAAAUUGAUAAAAGUACAACAAUGCAUGCAUGUGUACUGUAAUAUCUUAGCUGUGCAUUAAAUCUGAAAGCAAAAAAACAAGCUUCAGAAGCACAUGUUAAGUUUUGAUAGGAGCAGUGUCUCUCGAAGAGAAGCCAUUUUGGUACUGAUCAUGAAGCUGGAAUUAAACAGCGGAGUCAAAAUUGCUUUUUGUGGACUCUUAUUUAUCUUCUCUGGGUGUUAAAUGAAACUCCAAGCAACCUGAAAGGAAUUAACGUUUUUGGAAGGCUUUUGGUGAAAUGAUGCAAGUCUGUUGUAGUGUAGUAAGCAAGCAGUGGCCAGGAUCGCGGCCAGGAUUUACCGCCUCGUCUCCAUUCCUCAGCUUCUCCUCUAACUAUUCAAGACCCUCAGUGACAGACAGACAGACAGAAACCACCAGUCAAUUUGUCUAUUUUUUAUAGUCGAAGGAAGACACUGGGCUUUUCUGUGUGUGUGUGUGUGUGUGUGUGUGUGUGU